AUGGGCAACAUGAAUUUCAGUAGUACACCAAAUCUCGGGUCUAUGGCGUUUGCACCUCAAGCCGGCGGUGGUGGUGGUCCUGGUGCUAAUACUGCUGGCGAUAUGAGCCAAUUUGAUCAGACUGAUUUAAUGGGCAUGAACCCAUUCCUAGGCCAAAUGACCACCCAACAGCAACAGCAGCUGCUAGCCCCAAUGCCACAAGCAGCGAAUUUACACAACUUGAACCAACAGCAGGUAUUACAGCAACAACAACAACAACAACAGCAGCAGCAUUCGCCGGCUCAGCAGCAACAACACGGUCUUUAUUCGUCACCACAGAAUAUGGGCCCGUUCCCUGCUAAUGCAUCUAAUGGAGCUUUGCAAAACCAGUUGCAGCAACAGCAAAACAGAGGAAUGUUUCAACCUGGUGAUAUGAUGUCGCCCAACACACCGCAAAGCUUACUGUUCCAGCAGCAGCAGCAACAACAACAGCAACAACAAAUGGCAAUGAAUAGAGUACGUCAAUCCCCUAGCCAGUCUCCCGCGUUGAACAAUGCACAUUUCCAAGGCUCACCUGUUAUUGGAGGUAGUCCACAGGUUGGAAGCAAUCGAAUGCCUAAUGAUUUUGCUGCAUCGUCACCAAUGGGUACAUCUGUAUCUUCUCCAGUUCAGGGACAAACACCUAGUAUGGGCGGACCUGGAACACCUAUUAAUCGAGUGAUCCCCUCUCAAAUGGGCCGUUAUAUGCAACAUAUGAGUGCACAGCAACAAGCAAUGAUGCAGGGAAAUAUACCUUCACCAUCCGGAAAUAAUCGACAUAUACCCUCACAAGCAUCACCUCAGCAAAUGGGCCAGGGCGAGGGUGUAAAGGAUGCUCAGGUACCAUCCCAACAAGGAAACUACAAUCCCAAUGUCAUGAAUUACGCACAACAAUCACCUAUGCAAAAGAAUGCUGCUUCUCCGGCACCCAGACGUUCUGUGACUCCUGGAAGCGCAGCAUCUACACCUCUACAACAACAUCGCCAGGUAGAAACACAAGCACAACAACCUCCACAACAGCAUUCACAGUCGCAACCACAAAAUUCAGUGAAGUCAGAGUCACCAGCAAAUCCAUCUCCUGCUAGUCAUCCAGCUAAUCCUAUCAGCAAAACAGACACGCCAUCUCCUAAACCUUCGCCUGGCAUAAAAAGCGAAACUGCCGGUUCACCUGCUCCAACUGCUACUGGCGACAAGGAAAACGCUACCUCAACAGUAACUAUAUCGUAUAUCCCCAAGACACGAAAUGUCGAAACAUAUGGUGGCGUCGAUCUGAAAUAUUUCGACAAGUUUGAUAUCAAACCCAUGAUGCCACAUUUUAACGAACUUGGUACUAUUGACAUACAUGCUCUCAUCAUGUCACUGAAAUCCGGUAUGAAGAUGGAAGUGACGAACGCGCUCAAUGUCCUCACCAUCAUCACAACACAGCACGGAUUGGGCUUAAUGUAUUGCGAUGAUAUGCUGGACGUGCUAUUGGAUUACAUGGAGCAGGAUAUCUUUGGCACAUGUACGCGAUUUGUAACGGGCGAUUUCCCGGAUAUUCCUACGCGCGAGCCGAUCGUAUCUGAAGACGAGCAGCAUAAUCUCACGUAUGCCGAGCUAUUCGACAUGUCUCUAGACGAAAUGAAGAGCCUAAUACCGAAUCUAGAAGACUCAACCUCAGAUUUAUGGCUAUCUUUACGAGAGCGGUGCCUAUGCAUUUUCAACAUUUUCCGCAACCUUUCUUUCACAUCUGAUAACAUGGAGUAUCUCGCUAAACAUGAACGCUUUGUUCCGUUGAUGGCUCGCAUUAUGGAUAGCACGCGACACGUGGCACAGAUGGAAGGCAAGGACACUACAGGACACGAAGCAUGGUACAUUGGUGUUCGACGGAUGGACACGCUAGACUUUCGCAAGAGCAUCCUCAUCAUCCUAUCCAACAUUACAAUGAUUCUGCCACUGCGUCGGACCGACAUGGCAGGCACAUUUAUAUGGGCUAAGGUGACAGUCAACUAUGAAAAUCGCAAAAUAUUUGCCAAAUUGGUGGCAAAAACGUCGAUCGAUGCACUGCGUGGUAUCUGGGUAGAACUGGCGUCGCUUAUCCGGCGAGACUUUUUCUUCCUCGAUGGGAAAGUCGUAUACAACCUGACAGCAAGCCAGCUCGCAACGCUUGAAUAUACCAUCAUGGGAUUAUACAGCAUCGUGGCCAUUCUCGGUGAAGCUGGUGACGAGCGGAAACUCAAGGAAGCACUGUUUGAAAGCGACCGUACUGUUGCCAUGACGAUUCUCCGGCUCUGCAUCACAUUGGCUGACACGGGUAACCAGCAUUUUGUCGUAGUAACAAAGCGAGGCAUGGAGCUUGUGCGCAAGUUUAUCUGUGGCGAACAGUCUGGACGUCGCCCUGGUGAAAUGGAUGGUCCCGUUGGUGGUGAUGAUAGCGAUGUGCCACACGAAAAUCUAGUAAAGAUGGCUCACCGGAUGCUGGAUAUGAAUGCUGUACGCCAGAUGCUGAUGAUGGCUAUGUUGCGACCCACAACUGAAGCUGAGUUGUUACGCGACUUGUCAGACCUGGUCAACCUGAUUGAUGGAAACGUUGACACACAUGUAGCAUAG